CCUGAGUGCCCACGCCACAGUGUUGCAUACACGAUGUCACAUUUCCUUUCACAAUGGUGAGAUACGAUCACACUGGUCUUAUUGUUUCACAACACUUCGUAAUGGCUUCUCCAAUGGAUCAUCAUCGGCCGUGUAGUGUGUCAGCGCAAUCCUGAAGUAAUGUGCUUGGAAUCGGUCCUAUCGCUUCAAGUUCGGUCGCUUCGGAGUCAGCAAUGAUCUUAGGUUCUCAACACUCAGGAACAUCUUGCAAGUAUCUAGGUACCCUGAAGAUAUAAAGACGCGAUAGAUCCGUACGUAAUGGCUGCUUGUUCAAUUACCUCUCAGCCUCAAUAUAGUCCUAUCAAAAAGAGCAACAGACAUUAAACCAAGUAUUUUAGUUCGUCGCAAACUCAAAACCAAACCAUGAUUUCCAAAUACUUUCCCCUGGCUAUGCUAGCCAGCCUCGUUGCCGCUUCUCCCCUCAAGGAGCGUGCUUCAUACCCACCAAUCUCACAAUCCUCAGGAUUUACACUUGUGGCCAAUGUGACAGACACAAGUAAACCCAUAUUUGAUCCGCCCGUCAACGGCUGGUCCCUGGUCGGAACCCAUGUCGGCGCAGGCCAGAGCACUGCAGUGCUAUCUCCAGGCGUAGGAAGCGUCUUCUUCGUCAACGGCACUGGGCAACAAGUCUCGAGCGCGUCUACAUCCGUUGGCUUGCCGCCAUUGACAUCGACCAAUAUCGACGGGAACCCAUAUUAUAUCCCCAUGGGCCUGCAAUUCUCGACCAAUGCGGAAGGAAACGAGGUGUACGUCGGACUCAAUGUCGGGCUUGGUACCAGUGGCGCAGGCAUUAUUCCGGGCUUGCGCAGCCCAUACGCCGAGCUGUUUGGCCCUUACGGAGGCACAUUCGCUGUGUGCAACGAGUCUGAGCCGGCCUACGGUCGUCCACAGUACGCUGUGCGCUUGGAGGUGGACGGUGUCCAGGCAAACUGUGUCGCAAUUAAUUUGUUAGCGCAGUGCGCGGAAUUGCCGGCGCUCAACGGUGUCGAUGAGUUAGACAUCAUCGUCGAGGAUGUGAAGUGCUAUGAGAAUGUUGCUGCGAUCGACUGGAGCCAGUAUUAAGAUGUUAUUUGAGGUGGUCUUCGGCCACUCAAAUGUGGGAUUGAGCCCUCAAGGGCGAAUGCAGCAAAUCGAAUUGUACAGCAAGGAGUGCCAGAUUAGAUAAUAUUAAUAAUUAGCCAAGUUGAUUCUACCCUAGGGAGCUGACCAAAGUCGCAAGUAUUCAUUGCAUCAUAUAUUUGAUUGCCCUACUUGUUGUGUUUGGGGUUUGCAUAUCUAGGCUGGCAGGUUCGUUGCAGUGUCAUUAU